UGUGUGUGUGUGUGUAAAUAAGUAGAAAUAGACAUUUUCUCUUAUCGUGGGUAUUUGCAUUUUGACGUGUCUGGAGUGAAUUAAUGAUAAUAAAAGAGCGUCAGCCUGACCGUUCAUACUACAGACGUGUUACUUCUAUGAGGACAUCGUCGUGCAUUAAAUGUUCGCGGUAUUUGAAGUUUAAAAGAGUUUUCGGUUAAAUAUUGAGUGGUUUCUGAUGUCGGUGCCUCUUAUUAUCGGACAGGCGUUCACCAUCACCACCUAACAGCUGCGGUUCCGGGGUCCUGUGGCUGUGCGCAUGCGCGUUAGCUGCAGCUGCUAGCCGGUUAGCAGCAGGAAGAGCCUCCACUCUGGAUGGCCUCUUCUUAUUUUUCACUUUUGUCCACUGUCGGUCUCCACAACAUGAAGUCCUCGUGCUCGUAGCGCUGUGAGGAAUGCUGCUCCCCGGGUCUCUGCCAUGCUGGCCUGCCUGCCGGCAUCAGGACACUCCUCCGUCUCACGUCUGUCCCGCUCGCAGAUGAACUCUGGGCUUCAGAAAUGGGAAUCUACCCGGAGGAGGAGAUCUGCCGGCCGCCCAUCGCCAGCGCAGUUGGACGCCUUUGCUAGCAGAGUUUCCGCCGAGCCUCUGACGGUCCAGAUCUUCGCCGGCAGCGUCCGAGUCCCUCAGAGGAAGCACGUCCGCCGCACGGUCAACGGGCUGGACACGUCCCCGUCCGUCCAGCGCCACAGCCCCUACCCCCCUCCGGCCGGCGCCAGAGGGGGCCUGCUGGCCGUCCUCCCGGCGCCCCCCCAAGGCGUCCAAGAGCCGGACAGGAUACGCAGAGCAGCCAUGAACCCUCACGGCGGGUCGCACGCCGCUCACAGCACUUUAACCCCCCCUCAGGUACCGGAGGGGCGGGGCGGGGUCCACCCGCAGCCCCCCCGGGCCCCGGUCCACCCGCAGCCCCCCCGGGCCGCCCACAGCCUGCAGCAGAGAGGUAUGGCUCAGAGACCCCCUCAGCCCCCGGGGCUGCAGAGGCAGCAGGGUCUACCGGGUUCAACGGGUCCGCCCGGUCCACGAGGUCUACCGGGUCCAGCAGGUCUACUGGGUCCAGCAGGCCUACCGGGUCCAGCAGGCCUACUGGUUCCAUCAGGUCCGCUGGGUCUACCGGGUCCAGCAGGUCUCCCCGGUCCAGCGGGCCUGCCGGCUCCAGCGGGUCUGCCGGCUCCAGCGGGUCUCCCGGGUCCAGCGGGCCUGUCGGGUCCAGCGGGUCUCCCGGGUCCAGCGGGUCUACCGGGUCCAGCAGGUCUGCCGGGUCCAGCGGGCCUGCCGGGUCCAGCGGGUCUCCCGGGUCCAGCGGGCCUACCGGUUCCAUCAGGUCCGCUGGGUCUACCGGGUCCAGCAGGUCUCCCCAGUCCAGCGGGUCUGCCGGGUCCAGCGGGUCUGCCGGGUCCAGCAGGUCUCCCGGGUCCAGCGGGUCUCCCGGGUCCAGCAGGUCUCCCGGGUCCAGCGGGUCUGCCGGGUCCAGCAGGUCUCCCGGGUCCAGCGGGUCUGCCGGGUCCGCCGGUGGCACCACAGCAGCGUCUGUCUCACCUGCCGACCCUGAAGCGUCAGGCCCCCCACCAGGGUCUUCCCCCUCCCCAGGGAGGCUCUCAGGAUCUGUGCCACAUGUCUGACGGAGCUCUGCAGCACGGCCAGGUGCCGGGGGGUCCGCCGGCCCCCCCUCAGGCGCCGGGCGGCCUCCAGCAGCCCCCCGCCGGACCGUACGGCCCCCGCAGGCUCCCCGACGCCGACGCCCCGCCCAACGUGACGGUGUCCACCUCCACCAUCCCGCUGUCGCUGGCCGCCGGCCCGCAGAACCGGCCCGCCGACCUGAGCAGCAUCGUGACCCAGAUCCACCGGCUGUGCCGCGCCCGCGCCGGGGGGGGGGGCACCUCGGUCUGCGAGGGCCAGAUCGCCAACCCCAGCCCCAUCAGCCGCAACCUGCUGAUCAACGCCAGCUCCCGGGUGUCCUCCCAGCACCCCCCCGGCGGUCUCCCGGCGGGCCCCCCCGACCAGACCCCCCCUCAGGCCCCCGGCGCCGCCCCGCCCCCUCCGUCCGGCGCCGCGGACGCCGAAUGGCGGCGGCUGCAGGAGCUGCAUCGCUGCUGGGCGCAGCAUCAGAUGGCGCACACGCAGCACCCCCCCGAGGGGGCCCUCCCCUGCAAGAACCCCCGCAUGGAGCCUCUGGCCGACGGCGCCUUCCCCCCCCGCGGCCUCGGCCACGCCCACACGCCGCCCGCCGCCGCCCGGGGCUUCGCUCUGCAGCGCCCGGCGGAGAACCCGCAGCCCCCCUCCCCCGCCAGCCGCCCCGAGGGGGCCGGGCCCUACGCGAACGGCCAGUACCCGCAGCCCCCCUGGACCGACGGGGGCCCCGCGGGGGCCUUCCAGAGAGACCGCGUCCUGGGGGCAAAGUACCGGCCGGGCCCCCCCCUGCAGGACGGGGACUUGCCGUCCGAGGACUUCCAGCUGCCCGGCUUCCCCGAGCAGAGCGCCGGCCUGAUGGAGAAGAUGCACCGCGCCGCCCUGCGCCGCCAGCAGCCCGGCGGCGUGCACGGCGGCGUGCACGGCGGCGUGCACGGCCAUCACCCCGGAUACUGUUAGGAGUUUCUUCCACCACACUGGCAGUUCAGAGGACUGAAGCCAGAGACCCUCUCUGCUCCUCGGGUGUGUGUGUGUGUGUGUGUGUGUGUGUGAGAAUCUGAUGGAGAACCAAUAGAAACUACUGAAGCAGUGUGAAGUCCUGCAGAGACGCCCCCCCCCCCCCCCCCCCGCAGCCUGGCUCAUUGGCUCCAGAGUGAGACGUUGGUUCUCCAGGUUCCGUGGCCUCGGGGGGGGGGGGGGGGGGGGGGGCUGUACUCUGUGAAAAUGUGAUUCUUCAGUUUUGCCGAACCUUCAGGGAGAAGAAGUCUUGCACAAACAUUCCCCAAUGAAAUAAAGUUUGUA